AUGAAAGGAAUGUUCCUCUACACAAGGAGGCUACGAGUUGGCGUUCAAUUGAGACUCCCUCGACACCAAUGGUACUCUACCAGCAACUCGCAAGCCCGCUCAGAGUCCUUAUCCACUGCGCAAAUUGAGUUCUGGAGAAAGGUCCCAGCCUGGCGCGAUACUACAGAAACUCAAUUUCUCGACUACAAGUGGCAGACCAAAAAUUCUCUAGAAAAUGCAUCUUCGUUGCUUGCAUUUCUCAACUCCGUCGUACCUUCCACUGUCCCAACAGCACGCGGGCAGAUCACAACGCAAGGAACCUUCGUGUCCGAUGUUGCAGCGGGUAUGCUACGUGCCCCCAUGGCCACGCGUCUGACGCCAUAUCUCCUGUCUCUCAUUAACUGGGACAAUCCCUACUCGGACCCGAUCCGGCGGCAGUUCAUUCCUCUUGCCUCUUCGCUGCAGCCAGACCAUCCCCAACUUCAGCUUGACUCGCUGCAUGAGAGUAGAGACUCACCUGUGAAAGGGCUAGUCCACCGAUACCCAGAUAAGGUACUAUUUCUAGCGAGCUCAGUAUGUCCGGUCUACUGCCGUUUCUGCACGCGGUCGUAUUCCGUCGGGGCGAAGACCGAGACAGUUUCCAAGAAACGGUUCCUUCCGCUACGGAAAUACUGGGAGCCGAUGUUUGAGUACAUUGCGCAGACCCUAGCGGUGACGGACGUUGUGGUAUCCGGCGGGGAUUCGUUCUUCUUGGAGCCUGCACAGCUGCGUGAGAUCGGGCACGAGCUUCUAGGGAUUGAGCAUGUGCGACGCAUCCGGUUUGCCAGCAAAGGGCUGUCGGUAUGUCCUUCGCGGAUCUUGGAUCCAAGUGACAAAUGGACAGAGGCCCUGGUUGAGAUUAGCGAGCUGGGGAGAAAACGAGGGAAGAGCGUGGCGCUACAUACGCAUUUCAACCAUCCACAGGAAAUCUCUUGGAUCACGGAACGAGCAGCGCAGAGAUUAUUUGAGAACGCGGUCACAGUGAGAAAUCAGACGGUGUUACUCAAUGGAGUGAACAAUGAUGUGGACACAAUGAAGUCGCUGGUUCGUCGAUUGGCAGAUAAUAACAUUCAACCAUACUAUGUAUACCAGGGCGAUAUGGUCAAGGGUGUCGAGGAUCUGCGUACACCACUGCGCGAUAUCCUCCAUAUUGAAUCCCAUGUCCGGGGUACGAUUGCUGGGUUCAUGACGCCCUCAUUUGUGGUAGACCUUCCAGGGGGUGGAGGGAAACGGUUGGCUGCGACAUUUGAAAGCUACAAUCAGGAUACCGGAGUAUCUACAUUUGUAGCACCAGGGGUCAAAGGUAGCACAGUUCAUGAGUAUCAUGAUCCAUUAUGGUCGCUGCCAGGCUAG